CAAAUUUAAAUCUCGGUGAAAACAUAGUAAACUUGAUGAAGGAAGAUUCUUUAUUUUAUCAUUGGGAGGUGUUUAUGUGUCAAUUAAAUGAAAUAGAGUAGCCGAGUAUGAAUAGAAAGUUACAGAUAGAAGAUUGUAUUGUCACGGAGGUGUAACUAUUCACAUUGCAUGCAUGGAAUGUAAAAAACUUUUUUUCGUAAUACAUCUGUUUACAAAUUAGGAAAUAAAUAACUUAAAAGGACCUACAUGUUACCCUUAUUAUCACAGAAAAAUAACAGUUAUCAAAAUGGAGAAAGCAGCAGAAAUACAGGGAAAUUCUGGAGAAAUUUUGAACUCAGAAAACAGAUAUAAAAUGGAAAGUACAGAUUCAGAUCUUUCUGAGUGGGAGUCUAGAACAUUUGGAAAUAUUCAUCUGAAGUCACCUCCAAUGGUUCAUCAAUAUGACGAUUCCUCUAACAGUGAUAAUCCUCAUCUAAGUAAACGGAAAUAUCCGAACUCUUAUGGUUACAGUGUUGAUUCAGAAUCACCAAAAAAAAGCAUGGAUUCUUUUCGUUUCGAUAAAGAAAACAUUCCAACAAACUGGAGUAGUUCUUUGACUUCUAGGGAUAGAGACAGUGCUUUAGGUGGUUCUUUAAUUUCAGCCUAUGGUUCUGUGCUGACGGAUAGUUCUAGUUCUUUUGAUGCUCAGUCUAAUUCAGAGAGUGAGACUGUUUCGAAUCUUAGUUCACCAACUCAUAGUACUUAUGGACGAUAUAGAAAGAUUUAUGGAAAUCGUAGUGACUCUACGGAAAAUGACAAAAAUUUUGACUGUGAUCAAGAAGAAGUAGUAGUUCUUCAUAGAUUACCUGGAGAAAAUUUAGGGAUGAUUCUUGGGAUUGAGGGUGAUAAAACAAAAGAACAUAUUUCGGCUGUCCGGGUAAAAACUGUAACAAUAGGUGGUGCUGCAUACAGAGCAACUGGCAGCUCUUCAGGGAUUGCUGUCGGUGAUGAAGUAUUACAAGUUAAUGGUUUAGAUUUAAAAACUCUGUCACAUGAUGAAUGUGUAACAGUGUUUAAGGAGAUGCCACUUAGAGUCAUUCUGAAAAUAAAGCGGAAAUCUAAACAUACCAAAGCAUCAGAAACAGGAAGUCAAUCCAGUGAAGGCAAAGGAUCCAAAAAUAGUUUUGUAAUGCGUUACUCUGCCUCAGAAAGUGAGGAUGACAACUAUGAUGGGUUUGUUCCCUUGCAGUAUGAAAUAGAUAAGGAUCCGACAGAAAGUUUGGGAUUAAGCAUUGUACCUAGUUAUGGUUCAACAAGGCAAUAUUUUCAGAUAAAGCGACUGUUGCCAAGUGGUGCUGCAGCAAGAAGCAGAAAACUUAAAGUUGGUGAUCGACUUGUUUCGUGCAACGGAAUACAUUUGCGUGGAAUUAACCAAUCAAAGUGCUUAUCUGUUUUGAAAUCUGAAGCAAAUAAUGGAGAUUUUGAAAUAGAAGUUUUACGUCCAGUUGAAAAUGGCAUUCCAACAGAAUUUUCAUUGACCGUAUCAAAUGGCAAUAGUGGUGAAACUAAUCUAAUUCUCAAAUCACCAAGACAUAGUAGGAAAAUUGAAAGGACUUCUUUUGAUUCAGAAAGUGAUCCUGAAGUAGUACUGAACAGUUUCCAAAAUUCUAGUAAUAGUUUUGUUUCAAACUCUGUAAAGUUACCAUUAGAAAAAUCUGAUCAGGAAACAAGUUAUACCUCAGAUGUCAGCACUGAUUUAGAAUCAAGUUUUGAGCAGGAUUUAAAUAGAAGAAGAAAUAGGCAUUCAGAAAUGGCAAGUGAAGAACAGUGGAGCUUUGCACUACCACCACCCGUGGAAUUUUCCGAUGGCCCUGAAAAUGGACAGGAUGAAGAGGAGAUCCCUGUGACUAGUAUAGAUGAUGUUCUUAAUGAAUAUUCUCCAUCUUGUUCUAAUAUGAGUACACCUAUUCACCAACCAACAUCUCCACCACAGGACAUGAAAAUGAUUGAAGCAUUGGUUGGUUUAGAAGAUGAAACUGAUGUAUCAUCAGAAUUUCCAUUGACGAAUAUCGAGGAAAGUCCUCUAGAGCAAGUAAACAACAUCAACAGUGAACAAUUGAUUGAAAAUGGUGAUUCUGACGAACAUCCUACUGAAGUAGAAGACAAUUAUCUCGAUUUACAAAAAGAGGAUAAACAAACAAAUUACCUAAAUACCAAUGGAGAUUUAUCGAAUGGUCAGCAAAAUAACCAGGAUAAAGAAGACCAUGUUGAUUCAAAACAAGUAGAGAAAAAAUCAGAACAGAAAACCAAGAAUUUUUUUAAUCUUGUUGGAAAUAUUCAUCAAUUUUAUUACAAUUCUAGUGAUGCUUUAUCACAAAGUGAAAGUGGAGAUGAUGACCUUAUCCAGCCGGUCAGAGUUAAGAAAGAGUUGGUUGUCCCUGAUUAUAUUCAAGAACACUCAAAACUUAAAAAAGAAGUUGUUGAAGAAGAGGCCAUUGCCCCAUCAGCCAUUGAAAGAAAUAAUAAAAUACCUGUUUCUGCUACCUUUGAUGUGAACUCAUUUACUGAGGUCAAAAAGGAGGACAUUCUUCACCCUAUGAAAUCAGACUCUCCUCCUUUACCAGAAAUAAAGAAAAAUAAAACUCCAAAACCUCGGGCACCAACAGAAGUUGAAUUUAAUGGGGAAGAAAUUGUUGAAACUUUUACUCCUGUCCAGGCAAACAGAGAAAAUUAUUCUAAGCUUUUAGAAGAGAAGCUUAGUAGGGGUAUUGAAGAAGAAUCAAUAGUUCCUUCUGAAGUCAAAAGAGAUGAUUCUUUUGGUGAUAAGGUUCAACUGUUAAUGAUGACAAAUCGUUGGGCUAGUUCUGCAAAAGAGAAAUCCGAUAAAAAAUCCACUGAUAUAACUUUCUCAGGAAUGGUUCAGCAUUUACAGAAUGCAGAGCCACAUAUUGACAGUUCAGUUACUGUUAAAAACCAGGAUGUUAAUGUAGAAAAGGCGGAGCAACCUGCAAAAGAGGAGGAUCAACUAUUGAGUAAAUUGGAUGUGACACAAACAGAAUCAUUAAUAAAUAAACUUGAUAAAUCUGUUGAAAACCAAACUGAAAAUAGCAUUCAACAAUCAAAUAAAGAACCUGGGGAACAUAAGACUGAAAUUUCAGUUACAGCACAAAAUAAAAGGGAAACUGUCAACAUUUCUAAAGCAGAAAAUAUUACAGAUGCAGAAGUGGAUAAAAAUUUAACAAAAUCUGACACUGAUGCUACACCAGUUCAUAAAACUACUGUGGCUGUUACUAAUUCACAAAGCAUUCUCAAAACUGUUCAGGCUAAGACAACUACCUCGUCCACAAUCAAACCUCUAUCAACCAUUAAACCAUUGUCAUUCAGCACAUCCUCUCUCAACCGACCAGCUACCGGUAGAUACUCUAGUACAAUAAAUACAGGAUCCAAACCAUCACUCUUAUCAACAAUAUACAGUAAGACACAUGCAGUGUCAGCUAAUGUAAGAACAGAGGAUCAGCAAUUUCUUGUCAGCGUUAUGAAAGGAAUUCUGGGAAUAGGAAUGAAAGCUGAAGUUCGACCGGAAGGAUAUGUUCAAGUGACCGAAAUACAAUCUAAUGGACCUGUUGGUAAAGAUGGAAAUAUCAGGGUAGGUGAUUAUAUCUUAUCCAUCAACAGUACAGAACUGACUGGUUUGCCUGAUCAUAAAGUACAACAGAUUAUACGAUUACUACCCAGAGGACUUGCUAAGAUAGUCGUCAGUAUCACACCUCCAGAUGUCACUAAAAUAGAUAGCUCAAAAUCAGUAUCUCGGCCACCAGAUUUGUCAAUAAAUACAAGUUCUACAGCACUUAGACGCUUAUCACCAGCUCUUAGUCCAAAAAUGAUGAUGAGUGAGGCAAAAACAACCAGUCCAAGAAGUAGCUAUACAUCACCAACUGUCAAGGCAUCAUCACCAACUGUCAAACCGGCAUCACCAACUAUGACAAAACCAGUAUCACCAGCCUUGUCCCCUUCUCAUCACCAUGUUUCACCAACAAGUCAACAAUCUCCAAAUGCAGCUCCAAGAUCGCCCGGUUUGGCCCCUGCUUUAGCUCCAAGAAAGUCAUCUCCUCAACAGACACCACCAAAACCUGUUGCCAUUCCAAGACAAACUGUUACACAUGAUGCAAGGGAAUUAGCAGCUGACCAGGAACCAGUUAAGCCUCCCGUAUCACAGAGGAAACCAGUAGAAGACACCAUGAGCUCAGACACUGUAACAAGUACAAAGAAAGAACCCCCACCUGUUGCUCCUAAACCCAAACCAAGAUCUCUGCCACAACAGACUGAAACAGCCACUCAUCACAAAAUAACUCCUAAUCUUGGUGGAUAUGUCAGCUCUGCUGUAGGUCAGCUCAAAAAGGGUCAUGAACCAGUCAGUGUUGAUAAAGAACCAGUAAUUGCAUCGCAUCAUACAGAUUAUGUGUCAUCUGCCAGAAAGGCAAGCCAUGAUACAGAAGACAACAAACCAAUGAAAACCGUUAUAUUUGCUUCUAUCAACUCAAGUCAGAAAACAGAUUAUGUUUCAUCGGCUAGAAAAACCUUUGAUGAGCCUAAAUUAAUUCCAUCAGGAAUGGUAGAUUAUGUUCCUAAAGAAAAACCUAAAGCUGCAGAGAGAACAAAGCCUUCACAUUUCCAGGUUUUGGCACCCAAUGGUGGAUCAGAAGGAGGAGUGAAAAUUACUGGUGCUAGGCUGAAUUCUGCUCUCAGUCCAAGAAAGGGGAGGUCAGAAAAUAAAACCACUUUUAAUUUCAAUGCCAAAUUUUCAUCUGAAGAUAAAGCAUUACCAAGAGCUGGAUAUUUUGUGGGUAAGCCUGAUGUUGUCAACUCACCAAAAGACAUAGAAUCACUGCAUGAUGACGAUGUAUCUGUCCCACCAGUCCCUUCACCAAGGGCAGACAACUCACUUAGUCCAUCUGCCUUGUCACCAAGAUCAGAUACUUCCAUGUCUUCACAAAAUUGGUCACAAAAAUCACCUAUUGCAUCACCAAGAUCACCAAAGAGCGAUUCGCUGAGUUCUUCACCUAGAUUUAAUCUCUCUUUAUCACCAAGAAAAGAUGAUUCACAGAUUGAUGUUGCAUGUUCACUAGAAGACAAUAUGUCUUCUUCACAAGAAAAUCCUACCAGUUUAAGGUUAGAGUCAACAGCGCCAUCUACAGUGUCGUCAGUUACAGUAAAAUCUGGUGAAGAAGUUGAAAUUAGUCAUGAAAAUGUUUUAGAUAUUUUAGAAGUGGAAAAUAAAGAAAAAUCAGAACUAAACUUUUCAGAUAAAUUGCCAUCAAAUUCUGACAAACAUUUGUAUAAUGAUGCUUUUGGUGUGGUGCAUGAAGCUGAAAUUGUUUCAGAUUUUACUAUUAAUCAAGAAUCAAUGCCUGAAAAUGACUUUCUUACACAUAAUAUUCAGACAGAAAUGCAUGGGGAAUCUGACAAUAUAUUUACCUCUUCUGAUAAUACUAAUACUUUAAAUAUAGAAUUUAACAAAAUUGAUGAUUUUGAUACAAGGGAGAUUACUCCUGUCAAAUCCUCUGUGGAACAAGGCACUGAAGAAACUGGGCAUACUCAGAGUGACCUUGAUCCUUGCAUGAACUUACCAAUACAUGUGGAAUCACAGGCUACAUGUAAUAAUGUUGCCAUGGAAACAGGAGACAUUUCUGGUGAAAGCUCUAAUACCAAAGGUGGAAGUGAAAAUCAAAAUUCAAGUGUGCAAUUAAUUUCUGAUUCAGAAAAUGUUUCUUUUCUGCAGGAGUCUCACGGAUCAGAAGAUCAGCCAACUGGUGCAAUUUUAGAGGAUAAUUCAAAUGUUACUGUAGAUAAAACAUAUUCAAACAUUAAUCAGGAUAUCAUAGACAAUAUAGUUGUGGAGAGUGUUCCUCCUGGAUUCAGUGAUGAAGUUGACAAUGUAACAAACAAUGAAAUUCAUCAUCUGGAUCCAUCAAAUCUGACUGAUGUUUCUGUCCCUUUAACUCAAAGUAGUGCUGAAAAAUUUAUACUUGAUGUUUCAUUCCCUUCAUACUGUGUUAAAUUCCCUCUCAUCAGUGGUUCAGACAGUGAUUUAAUUGUGGUGUCUAGUCAAAGGCCAUUUUCUAUCAUUUGUGGAGAACAGAAAGUUUCUGUGAAAUCAAAAUCAAAUUGUUUACAAGACAUUGUAUUGUGUGAAUUAUUGGUAUCUACCCAAAUGUUGUCAAAUGAUUUAUUAUUAGCCAAUCAGAAGAUGGACUCCAUAGGCAGAUCAAACAAUGAAGAAAUUUCUGUGAUACUUCUUCACCGGAAAAGCAGCAGAACCCCCAUUGGAAUAAACCUUUCUUCAGGGCCUAAUGAAGAUAUGGUGGUUUCACAGCUAGAUCCCUCGGGACUGUUUCAACAGAGUGGACAUAUAAAAACUGGUGACACAAUAUUACUUAUUAAUGGAGAAAUUGUCAGUAAGGACAAUGCAGAUGCAAUCUUGCAAUCACUUGAGAAUUCAGAGUCCCAUUUGGUUUGUGUAGUUAUCUCCCAUAGUACAAGUUUACAGACAAAGGGAGAUAACUCAAUUCCUACAUCUGAUACUAGUUUGCCACACAGUCCAACAAGUGAUGAAAAUGCAAACAAAAAGAUUAUACCAGAUACAGAAGCCAAUUCUGAUGGCCUAUUAGAACUCACAAUGGUUAAAGGAGUUACUGGACUUGGUUUUCUUAUUGAAGGAGGGAUAGGAUCCCCCAGGGGAGAUGUUCCUGUCAAAAUCAAAAGAAUGUUUAAAGGAGGUUCUGCUGCCAAGUGUGGUGUUUUGAAAGUUGGAGAUGAACUUGUUACAGUAAAUGGUACAGAAAUGUCAACAAUGAGACACACAGAAGCAUGGAAUUUUCUUAAGUUUUUGAAUGAUGGAGAUGUCAAAUUGACAGUGAGAAGAGCUCCAGAACAACUGUAGAAAUAUUUCAUUUUGGACAAAUUAUGCAUUGUUAUAUCUCAAAUAUUCAAUUUAAGCACAAGCUUUGAAAUAAUAGACUGUUGCAAAACACAAAAUGGUCAGUAUAUAUAUAUGCACUACACCUAAUGGUCAGUAUAUAUAUGCACAACACCAGUCUAGGAUUGCAAUUUCUUUAAUGUCUCAUAAUUUUAACCAGACUGUUGAAAAUUUAAAUACUGACAAUAUUUAAAUUCUCAAUAUAUUCUGAUUAGUUAAUGAUAAUAAAAAUUACUCUAAAAAAUUUCUCUGAAAUCCAUCAUAGUCUUAGCAUACAAAUAUAGCACAAAGUGUUUGUGACUUACAUGUAAUUUUGUGUCUAAUAAAUAAGUUGUCAUAUGAUUUCUUUUAUUUGUCUCAUUUUUAACUAAAUAUAAAUAUUAUUCAUUUAUUGUGAUCUACGUCUCAGUUUAUUUUUUUCUGUAUUAACAUCCUAUAAAAAAAAGUGUCAUAUUGUCUUUCGUUAUUACAUUGUAGUAUAUAUUUUUUUCAGUCUACUAGAACUAUAAUGAAGUUGGGAAAAAAUAUUGCCAUCAUAUCAAUAUAAAUAGACUUUCAUAUAUGUACAGUAAUAAAUUUACAUUUAAAGCAUAAAAAGGCUGACUAUAUUUAAUUUUAUUUUUGCAAAAUGUGAUACAAAAUUUGCCUUAGAGAGCCAGACAAGGGAGAUAAUCUGACUAAUUUCUCUAAUGAACCAAUUAAUUUUAAUUUUGUCUCAAUAAAUGUUCAUAUUUCAGACUUUCCUUGGAGUUGUUGACAUUCCCAUGUAUACAGUGUAUAAGUAUUUUUCGAUUAUUUUUAAAUUACUCUUUAUGGUAAUGAAUAACUUGUUAAAACAUCUAACAGAAUUAUAUAUUCUUAUAAUUUUUGUUAAUUGGAAAUGAUCAUUUAUUUGAAAAAAGUAAACCAAUGACUUAAUUGUCAAGAAGUGUUUAAUAAGAUACACAUAUAUAUAUAUACCCAUUGUAUGACAAAACUAUUGUUCUACAAAUAUACCUGAUUGUUGUUUUCUUUGUUUUGUUAUUGCAUAAGAAUUUUUUGUAAAGGGAUAUGUAAAUGUAAUAUAUAAUAUAUUAUUUAUAUACAUAAUAAUUUAAUUAUUGCAUAUAAUAUAUAAAUGAUAUGAAAUAUUAAAGAAUUGAAAUUAUAAA